AUGUCCUUUUUCCAUUUCUGCUGGAAGGACCCUAGUGAGCCCCUGAAGAUGGGUGCAUUCGUGGAAUGCGGCACUCCCGAUACUCAAUGCAGCGAACGAAAGGACCCCAUGGGGAUAAUUCCUUGGGUACAUUCACGAGCCUUUCAUGACACUUACGAGUUAGAAGAAAAGCUGGGCUCAGGAAGCUUCUCGGUUGUCCACGCUGCAAGGGCACGAGACCCUCCCCAUCAAUCGUAUGCCGUCAAGAUUAUCCAGCGAAAGAAACUGGUAACUCGCAAACAGCUCUUGGGUUUCAAAGAUGAGAUUAAGAUACUGGCAGGUCUGCAGCAUGACAAUAUCAUUCGACAAUAUGAGCUCUACAAGGAGCAGAAAUUCUUCUUUGUGGUGCUGGAAAAGCUAGAAGGAGGGGAGCUCUUUGAUAGGUUAUGUGAACGAGAAACCUAUCACGAAAAAGACGCCAGGGAUGCCAUGCGAAUGAUAUUCGAGGCCGUAGCCUACUUCCACUCGAAAAAAAUUGCCCACCGUGACUUGAAACCAGAGAACCUCUUGCUCAAAGAUAAUUCAGAAGACAGCCCCAUAAAGGUGGCAGAUUUUGGCUUUGCAAAGUAUGUGGAGACUCCAGAGUCACUCCUGACCCUCUGCGGUAGUCCAGCAUAUACUGCUCCCGAGAUCGUCAACUACAUUCCUUACGAUGAGAGAGUGGACAACUGGAGUCUAGGAGUGAUUCUUUUCACUGUGCUGGGUGGAUAUCCUCCUUUUUAUCAACCAACAAUCCACGAAACGUUUCAGCAAAUCCGGCAAGGUUCCUAUACUUUCCCCUCCGAGUACUGGGCAGGUAUUUCACCGGACGCCAAGAAACUCAUCAAGGGCCUCUUGAAUCGAGACCCCAAUCAACGAAUCACUGCAGAAGAGGCACUGCAACAUCCUUGGAUGACGGGACGAGGGGAAAUGCUUGCGCAACGGUCCCUCUCAAACAGUCUAGAACGAUUUCAGGAGUUCAACUGGGAGCGGAAAAGACAACAACACACCAAUGGCGACGUCAAGUCUGUGAGUAUGUAUUGGUUGGUAUCAAGGAGAUGA